UAAUCGAAGCCCUUUGAAAUAUUCGUAAAAACGUAAUGUUCACAGUGGUCACGCUAAAGGGUUAAAAUAGACUUCUAUCUCUCAUAAAACUACUGGAUUUUCGCUUAAAUAUUGCUCAGAUGUAAUAUUGCUUUUUAAAGAUCUCUCAACUUAUCGUAAUAUAACAUAAUUUAUGAUACAAUAAUAUGUAACAGCAGAUCUGACAAAAAAAAGCAAUGUUCAGAAGCAAGAGUGUCUCUGAUUGGUCGGAUGGAGCAAUCUCCUGAUACCACCUUUUCGUACAUUCCUAUCAUUAUAGUAGCAUUUGAUUUACAGCAUUUUUGGCUGUAUUUGAGGAACAAUCCCAAAAUCUAUUUAUACAUUGACUCUCGACGUUACCAAAUUCUAAUUAAACUUUAAUCGAAUUCAUGGUCACAAUUGUUCCUGAUUCCCUCCACUUAUACAUAAAAUUUGUAACAUCAUUUAAAUUGUAUCCGUCUACGUUUGCAGUCGUCCUUUUUAUCGCAAGACACCAAAGAUUGUAAUGGGAGAGAAUCACUGGAAGGAUUGGAGACCUUUUAUUUAUGGAGGUUUAGCUUCAAUUGUUGCUGAAUUGGGUACCUUUCCUUUAGAUACAACAAAGACUCGUCUGCAAGUUCAAGGCCAAAAGUUAGACAAAAGGCAUUCAAACUUAAGAUAUUCUGGUAUGACAGAUGCUUUGCUUCAAAUAUCGAAACAAGAGGGAUUUAAAGGUUUAUAUUCUGGAAUCAGUUCAGCUAUUUUAAGACAAGCCACUUAUGGAACUAUAAAAUUUGGAACCUAUUAUUCAUUGAAACAAACAGCUAUGGAUAGAUGGGAAACAGAUGACUUUGUUCUUAUAAAUAUUGUAUGUGCUGCAUUAGCUGGAGCAAUCUCAAGUGCAAUAGCUAAUCCCACAGAUGUAGUGAAAGUACGAAUGCAAGUAACUGGUGCUGACUCAAACCUAUCAUUAUUUGGUUGCUUUCAAGAUGUAUAUAGACAUGAAGGUGUUCGUGGUUUAUGGAGGGGUGUAGGACCCACUGCUCAAAGGGCAGCAAUUAUUGCUGCUGUAGAAUUACCCAUAUAUGACUAUAGUAAAAAUAAACUUAUGACAGUUUUGGAAGACAGUGUUACUAACCAUUUUCUGUCUAGUUUUAUAGCUAGCAUGGGAAGUGCGAUAGCUUCUACUCCUAUAGACGUUGUUCGCACUCGUUUGAUGAAUCAAAGGAGAAUACGUACGGGUGGUACAUUACCACCUCAUAUUUACAGUGGCAGUGUAGACUGUUUCGUUCAGACCUUUAAGACUGAAGGAUUUUUGGCAUUGUAUAAGGGUUUUGUGCCUACAUGGUUUCGAAUGGGACCUUGGAAUAUCAUAUUUUUUAUAACAUAUGAACAAUUGAAACACAUGGAUCAUCCACUUUAAUAAUGAAGUCAAAUGGUGAAGUACUCAACUAAAUACCAAUAAGUAAAAUAAAAUAGGCAAAACAAAAGUACCUUGGCUGCUAAAAAAGUUAGCAAUACCAAAGUUCUAACUUGUAAAAUCGUGUCACAAAUUUUAUUCUAUCAAAAUCUCGCACCUCCUGUAGAUCUGUAUAGAAUACACAAUUUUUUUGCAGUCAGUGUACGCGUGUGUGUAAGUGUGAGAAAACACUGGUAAUAAUAAUAGAUGAUUCAUUAAUUAGUAUGAUUCACUUGUAUGAACGUUAAAAUAUGUAUGUUCAGACACAUGAAAGUAAUUACACAUAAAGGAAAUGUACAAAAAAUAAAUAAAAACCACUCUUUUCAAUGGUGAUACAGAAUAACUAAUGAAAGUACGUUCAAAAUAUAAAAAUAGUCAGUAAAAUAUUUUAUCCAGUUUAUUGUGAAACAGUACUAGUCAAUAUUUGAAUCUCUCAUGAAUCAAAUAAAUAACGCACAUCUUAUAUUUAAGUAUGAUUGUAUACUGCACUAAGUGUACGUUUGCGUUUAGAUUUACUUUUCGCGGAAGCAACAUGUCUGAACACUGGAGGGAAAUUUAUAAAAAGAAAAAACACAUUAAUUUAAUUAAUUAAAAGUAACAUAUUUGUAUUUAAAAUACUCAGUUAUAAACUGUAAGGAAUGCAUAACAAUACAACAUUCAAAUUAAUGUAUUAUCAACUUUUGUAACAUAUAUUUCGGUACCAACCAACAUUAUAAAAAUUCAAACAAAUUUUCCUGUUGCAAUACAAGUAUUAAAAGACGAA